AUGUCACUGAGGUCUUUAUCUGCUGUCACAAAUUUUUCAGUGACAACAUUGUUUAGGCGAUUAAAAGAGGGCUCCAUACGUCGUCAUUCAAAUGCUAUAAAACCUUUAUUAAAUGUGGAAAACAUGAAAGCUAGAAUACGCUUUUGUUUAUCGAUGAUUGAACAUGGCAACAACCCCAGUUGUUUGAGGUUUGUAACCAUGGAAAAUAUUAUUCAUGUUGAUGAGAAGUGGUUCUACAUGACAAAGCAGUCAGAGAAGUAUUAUCUCCUGCCUGACGAAGACGAGCCUUUACGCACAUGUAAGAGUAAGACUUUUAUUACUAAAUUCAUGUUUCUGGCUGUAGUGACACGCCCAAGGUUUGAUGAAUCAGGGAAUGAAUUAUUUUCUGGAAAAAUCGGGAUAUUUCCUUUCAUAAAUAAAGAACCUACAAGGAGGAGUAGUAAAAAUCAUUCUGCUGGAACCAUGGAGACUAAAACAAUCAAUUCUAUCAAUAAGGAAAUUUAUCGAUCUUACAUAGUUGAGAAACUCUUGCCGGCUAUCCGGGAUAAGUGGCCAAGAAUUGAUGCAAGAAGUCCAAUAGUUAUCCAAUAG